GUACUAAUGAAUUGAUGAAGCAUGUUUGUUUAGUGGCGUUGAUGGUGUUCUGUGUUGGUUCCUGCUUCUGUUGUUCUUGGAUGCUUUUGGGAUUGGCAAAGGCAUGGCGUUCGCCUUUUCACAAACACUUGGAACGAAUUUCUGUAAAGAACUAAUACAUCCACCACUGACCAAGUUAAUUCGCUCCCUCCCUCUUUUUUGCUCUCUCUUUCCUAUUCUUCUGCAACCCACCUCCUUGACGGUUAAUGGAACUAGCCCUCCUCCUCCUCCUCCUUCCUUAACAAGGGUUGUGAAGCGUCUCUAGCUCUGGGUUGGUCAUGGGUCCUGCUGGAAAGAUUUCUUCCUUCCAUCGUGAGGGAAACAAUUGGUUCUGUAAUGCUGGUCUGCGUAGUGAUAUUACUAUUGAAGUAGAGGGUGUUUUCUUCCAUCUUCACAAGUUUCCUCUAAUGUCAAGAUGUGGGAAGAUAGCAAAUAUGAUAGAAGAAUCCCAGAAUAACGAGGGAGGUACUUUGAAUGCUGCGUUGAGUGAAUUUCCUGGUGGGCCCGACAUAUUCCUGGUUGCAGCUAAAUUCUGCUAUGGGGUGCGAGUGGAAUUGACAUCAAAGAACAUAGUAAUGGUGUAUUGUAUGGCAGACUAUCUUGAAAUGACAGAGGAAUAUGGAGAAGAGAACUUAUUGGCCAAGUCAGAAGGUUUCUUCCAUAAGAAUACACUCCAUAACUGGAAAGAUUGUAUUUUAGCUCUUCAGAGUUCUGAUCCUGUCAUUCCAAGGGCAGAGAAGCUCCAAAUUCUGAGCAAAUGUCUGAGUUCUCUAUCUAUGAUGGCCUGUACAGAUCCAAGUCUUUUUGGAUGGCCCAUGAUGAUGUAUGGUAGCUUACAGAGCCCUGGUGGAAGCAUCCUAUGGAAUGGAAUAAACACUGGAGCAAGAAUCCGGAGCUCAGAGUCUGACUGGUGGUUUGAAGAUGUUUCUUACCUCAGUGUGCCUUUGUUUGAGAGACUUAUUCAAACAAUGAUUGCAAGAGGUAUGAGACCUGAAAAUUUAGCAGGUGCAAUAAUGUACUAUGCAAGAAAGUAUCUUCCAGGUCUUGGCCGGUGGCAUAGUAAACAAAGUGGCAAAACAAGAACUGUUGCAAGUUUCAGUUUGACACCUGUGGCUGUUGAUCAGAGAGUUCUACUGGAAAGCAUUGAAAGGCUGCUCCCUGAGAAGAAAGGAAAAUCAUUUUGUCGCUUCUUGUUGGGACUUCUACGUGUGGCGAUGAUUCUUGAUGUUAAUGAACCAUGCAAUGACUCUUUGGAGAGGAGAGUAGGGAUGCAGCUGGAUCUGGCUACUCUAGAUGGUCUUCUCAUUCCUAGUUAUUCAGAUUCUGAUACUCUCUACAACACUGAUUGUGUAGAGCGGAUUAUUCGACAUUUUAUGUCAGAACCAAGUAUAACAUCAUUUUCUCCAUCAUCAUUUGUCCAAGAAACAUCGCCUUCAUCUGAACCAUUAAAGAAAGUCGCAAAGUUGAUUGAUAGCUAUAUUGCAGAGGUCGCUGCUGAUGUGAAUUUGAAACCUGAAAAGCUACGAUCUCUGUUGGAGGCCCUUCCAGAUUCUUCAAGGUCCUUACAUGAUGGGCUGUAUAGAGCACUGGAUAUCUAUUUCAAGGAACAUCCAUGGCUUUCGGAGAAUGAGAAGGAGCAACUCUGCAAUGUAAUUGAUUACCAGAAGCUCUCAAUUGAUGCCUGUGCCCAUGCAUCCCAAAAUCAGCGGCUGCCACUCCGAGUUAUUCUUCAAGUCUUGUUCUUUGAGCAGUUGCAGCUGAGAACAGCCCUUGCUGGCUAUCUUCAUGUCUUAGAUAAUGAAGGUGUCCCUACAGGUGUUGCUAAUGCCACUAGUGACAUGGCAGGCCAAAUACUGCAGAGAGAUGGAUGGGUCACAGUUGUUCGUGAGAAUCAGGUAUUGAGGGUAGACAUAGAGAGGAUGAGGACCAGGGUCGGGGAGCUUGAACAGGAAUUUGUUAGAAUAAAGCAAGAGAUGCAAAGAGUAGCUAAAUCUCACAGCUCUCUCAUUUCUCCUCGCCUAUUGGCAAGGAGAUUUGGGUGCAAGCUUCUACCACGAUCACAGGAUGCACCAACAGAUACCCUUGAAAGUGUUGUUCGGAGCCCAAGAGUAUCAAUUGACCAGGCACAUUCUUCUCGCCCUUCCAGACAUCGUAGAAGCUUCUCUUUGUUCUGAGUGCAGUACAAAGAA